AUGGCAGCCGUCGCAAAUCCCCUCAAAUCCAAUGAGCCCACUUUAACCACCACUGUAGCUGAGGAGCUGCCUGGGCAGACCCUCGCUCCUUCUCCGGGUUACGUGGACGUUGAGCUUCGCAACCUCGCCAUCACGACCACACUCGGCGUCAAGUGCACCGUCACCAAAGUUGUGGGCAGCCCCGUCCAGGGCGAUCCGACCCUGACCAAGUACCCCUACACGGUCACAUCUACGGCGGCAACGAAUUGCCACGGCUGCAAGUUGAGCGUGAUCACGCGCUCGGUCAUCACGUUCGAGCCAGUGAAGUACACCAAGACGAUCACAGCUCCUGAUCCAACCACCGAAUAUAGUUGGGUGUGUUUGCCGACUGGGUUGGCAGAAUAG